GCGAAGCAAUGGGCGUUACAUGACAUUGCUCUGGAUGUUUUGAAGCUUGCUGAGUGCCAAGCUUUCUCGAGGGUUAUAGAGAAGGAUUUCUGGCUGUUGGCCUGAAUUAAGACAUGAAGAAAUACAGAGAACGAUGGAGAGCAAAUUCUGCAUUUUGACUGAAACAGAAGACCUCAAAACCCUGAUUUCGAGCACCGAAGAGAGUCUGCAAAUUGAAAGGACCAAGACAUUGUUUGAGGAGAUCCGUGCAUCCAUCAACAACAAUGAUGAAGAGGACCGUUCCUUUUGGAGGCCUGUGCUCCCAUGGGGGGGCGUCUACACCAUCAGGGCAGGGAGGAAGGCCAUCUCAUGCACCCCUCUGUAUGUUAAGAUAAGCCUAAAGAACACCUGCACCAUCGAUGGGUUCCUCAUGAUUCUUUAUGUAAUUUUGAGAGACAACCAGAGCUUUCCCCGGGAGGUGGGCAUAUUCCUGGGCAGGCAGUUUGUGGAGCAUUUCCUCUACCUGAUGGACUCGUAUGACUACACCACCGUUAAGAUGCUGUGGAUCUGGGACAGGAUGUCCAAGAGGCAGUACCGCUCAGUGAUCCACCAUGCAGCGUUGGAGAUCGACCUGUUUGGUAAUGAACAUGAGAACUUCACCAAGAACUUGGAGACAAUGAUGUCUACCAUGCAGGAGAGUCUGUGCACCAACUGGAGCUGUCCUGCUCGUUUCCAGGAGUUCAUACAGAAAACCAUCAACAUCAAUCCUCCUCAUGAGCUGCCCCCUAGAGAUCCCAUUCAGUCAGCUGUGGAUGAGUUCUUCUGUCCCAAGAUCAUUCUCUGCAAAGAACUGGGGUGCAAUGGGUUGAGGGAGUUCUCUCAGAGGGUCUUCUGCCAUGGACCACCUCCUUUUGUCAUUCUCAACAUGCAGCUUUGGAAGUCUGAGGAGCUGUCCUAUGUUCCCUACCAUCUAGCCCUAUCCCAACACAGGUACUCACUGGAGGGCGCUACACUCUUCAACAAGGAGGAGCAUCACUACUCUGCAGCCUUCCAGAUAGAUGGCUACUGGAUGCACUAUGAUGGGCUGAGGAGCGACAACCUGAUCCUGUUAAACAAGCCCCCUGAACUCCUCCUUCUCUCUUCCCUUGUCUACAUCCGCGCCUCAGACAAAUGAGAUGCACUAAUGUAACCAAGCAGGGAUGGGGUCAGUUCCAUUUUUCAUUCCAUCAUUUCAGGAUGAAAAUAAAUUCUCCUGAAUUUACUUGAAUUGAAAAGGAAUUGACCCCAAUUGUGUCACCAUGGUCCAGAAGGGACACAGAAGGAAGGAGGUAGAUACUAGACAACACUGAUAGGAAGGCAUCUUUUGAAAAAUGCACACUAACACCUUCCUAUUUAUUGCCCUUCAUUCACAGAAAUAGUAUCCAAGUUACUUUACAUUUGGCUCAUGAUGGUUUUGUCUUCCAUUCCACAGUGAGCUCUUACCAGAUACUUUUAUCACCUAAUCAUAUUUAAUGACAUUUUUAUCUCGUUUGAAAAGGCUUAUACCACAUUUCCAACUUUUUAGGAUAUCAUGUCAACAACUUCCUUGUUUUGUUUUUAUACUUUGAGAUUACUUUUUGGAAUUAUGUGCUCCCUUUUGCCUGACUGUUGCCUCAAACACUCACUGUGCAAAAUAAGUGCAUCUUCUCUUUGGGCAUGCUUGGAAUCCAAGAAUAUAUGCAUGGACUAUAAUAGUUCUGGGGAGGUAUGCAUAUUGAAGAAUCAACUCAACCUUAAAUAGCUUUACUGCUAAAAAAUAAAUAAAAAAUUUGCAGCGUGUUUAGUUGUCUUGGGUGAAAUGGUUGCACUUUCUGAGAAGCAAAUUUAGCUAAUUAAACUCUGAUGUAGAAUUGUCAACAGGGUAUAUACAGUGGGGCAAAAAAGUAUUUAGUCAGCCACCAAUUGUGCAAGUUCUCCCACUUAAAAAGAUGAGA